GUUUUCCAAGAUGGCGGCGGGGAUGUAUUUAGAACACUAUUUAGACAGCAUAGAAAAUUUGCCGUUUGAGCUGCAGAGGAAUUUCCAGCUGAUGAGAGACCUGGACCAACGGACAGAGGACCUGAAGAAGCAGAUUGACUCUAUGGCAUGUGAGUAUACUGCCAAUGCACGUACUCUGUCCUCUGAUCAGAAGGUGUCCCUGUUGCGGCAAAUCCAGCAGUCCUACAGCAAGUGUAAGGAGUUUGGCGAUGACAAAGUACAGCUAGCAAUGCAGACCUAUGAGAUGGUGGACAAACACAUCCGACGGCUCGACACAGACCUAGCUCGCUUUGAGGCUGACUUGAAGGAGAAGCAGAUUGAGAGCACUGAUUACGACUCCACAUCUAGCAAGGGAAAGAAGAGUGAGUCAAGGGGACCUAAAGAAAAGAAAGUGGCUAGAACUCGGUCGAAGGUGAAAAAUUCAGACGAGGAUGGAAGCCCAAAGAAUGGACAGAAGAAAGUCAAACUUAAUAACACGGUGGAAUUCAGCGCACCGUCAGUGAAUUUUGGAAACGUACACCCUUCAGAUGUGCUCGAUAUGCCAGUGGACCCAAAUGAGCCCACAUACUGCCUCUGUCACCAGGUUUCAUAUGGGGAAAUGAUUGGCUGCGACAACACAGAUUGCUCUAUUGAGUGGUUCCAUUUUGCCUGUGUGGGGCUCACAACUAAGCCUAGAGGAAAAUGGUACUGUCCACGGUGCUCACAAGAACGAAAAAAGAAGUGACUGAGGUAGAAGGAUGGCGAAGAUGCUUUGGAGAGG